CUCAUCCCAUCAUUAUUUUUUCAGCGUGCGCAGAAGUCGUUCUUGGGCUUUUAGGAAGAGUAGUACAAUGGCAGUUGUACGGCUACAGGGCUUAAGUAUGGAGGCAGGAUCUGGAGACAUUCGUGAAUUCUUCAGUGGUUUACAUAUACCUGAAGGUGGGGUACAUAUUACUGGUGGUAGUCUUGGAGAGGCAUUUAUAGUAUUUGCUGAAAAGGAAGAUGGCCAGCUUGCACUACAGAAGUCUGGGACUUUCCUCAAGGGGCCUCGUGUUGUCCUUUCUGUCAGCAGUGAAGCAGAACUUAGGCAGAAAAUGAUAUCUUGUCUGAAAAGGGAUGAUUCCUCAGGGGUGUGCCCUGAAACUAAACUGAUAGAGACUCUGAUGGCAGCUAACAAGCCUGAAGUUAUUUUAGGCAUUUUACUCAGCUUGGUUUCAGCUGCUGGGAGGAUGCAGGUGAAGCAAGCAGCAGCACCACCAGUGGAUUUGCUGGAAGUAACUGGUCAUAAUGGGAUCUCACUUGUGCCUGAUUCUCUCAGUGCCCCUCUGGUGAAGCACCCAAGGGGGAACCUGUCAACAAGAACAACAACAUCAAAAACAUGUUAUUUAAGUAUCCGAGGACUUCCCCGCUCCGUUACCAAACAUGAAAUCUGCAAUUUUUUUAAGGGACUGAAGGUUAAAGAAGUCAUUAUCAACGCCCAAGUCAGGCAUGGCUAUCGUGGUUGUUUGGUUAAGUUUGCUAGCGAACAGGAGUCACAUGAAGGGCUGAAGUACAAUGGACGAAGUUUGGGGCCCUUUUGUGUUGAUGUGAAUCGGGCAACGGAGGACACCUGGUUCAGUGCAAUUGAUCAUUGUAAAACAGCAUACAAAAAUCAAACCGAUCCCCAGAGGGAAAUGUGUCUACUGGAUCAAUCACAAUCAAGCUCUCUGAUGGAACAAACUUCAGACCCUCUGCCAAGUAAUGAGUACUGUGUCAUGAUACAAAACCUGAACCCUGUAACUACAAAAACAGAGAUUAAAGAUCUCUUUAAAUGUGCAAAUGUUCACAACAACAGGUUGUUACAUUUGCUUGACAACUGGGGCCGCCGGACAGACACAGCAUUCAUCUUAUUUGAUAAAAAGGAGGAUUGCUUAUCUGCUCUGGAGCUUGACAGGUACGAUUUUUGCUCUCGGAUUUUAAGUGUGUCUGUUGUCUCGAAGGGAGAAAUGAGGGCAAUGAUGAAGAGACAUAAAUCAAUUCCCAGCACAGUAGCUAAGAAGGCUCGAAUGGAAAGACUGAAAGAGGAACCUUCUUGCAUAUAUGUAAGAAACCUUCCCUCUGAUGUUCGAAAAAUUGAGAUAAAGGAUUUUUUUGGAAGGUCCCAAAUUUCAGAAGAUUGCAUCUAUCUGCUGUCUGAUAAUCGGGGUGUUGGACUUGGUGAAGCCGUAGUGAGGUUUGAGUCAGUGGACUCCGCCAAGUUGGCUGAGCGGCGGAAUGGCAGAAACUUUCUUGGAGUCCCACUGAUUCUGACCCCGAUAACCACACAGCAGAUGAAGGAGCUGUUAAAUGGGAAUCAUUGAGGAGGAUAUGUACCUUUCUCACCAUACACCCUUACUUUAUGGAAUUCUCUAUGUAGACAGUGACCUACUGUAACGCCAUAAAUACAUUUCGACAAAUCAUCUUGACAUUAUGUUCUGUUUAUGGAUUUCUUUUUUUUGGGAGAAAAUGACCUAUAGUAACUCAGUCUACACAUUUGGAUGCAUCUUUUUCAUCUUACAGUCCUUUAUGGAAUUCUUUUUAUAGAAAGUGACCUACAAUAACUCCAUUUCUACGUUUGAAUAUAGCGUUUUCACCUUACGUUCUUCCUUUAUGGAAUUUGAUUUUAUGAUGUGACCGUCUGCAGCUUUAUUAAUGUGUUUAGAUAUUCUGCUGAAUCUUUGUUGUCAAAAUGACAAUGAAAAGUACUCCCAAGAAGGAAACCUUUCACUAUCAUGGAUAAUCCUUUUCUUUGAGAACUGGGUUUUCAGGAAAGGAGAUAAUUAGAUCAGGAAUCCUUUAACCCUUGUGUAAAGGAGCAUAUUAGUUUAAUUUAUACCACUGAGAUGAAAAUGUUUGUGUGUCACAAUGCCCAAACUGGCCAAAGGAGCAUGAUUACCAGAUUUUUUUUGGAAAUACAGUCUGGCCUAAAAGGAUGGAAUACCUUUGUAUGAAUACUGGAGGACAUUCUUUGUUUUCUUUCAAAGCGUAUUUAGUUCAUAACUGUUUUCUGCAGUAUCAGAUAUGAAAUCAGUUUUAUAUGAUGCCCGGCUGACCACAUUUUUUGUUGUUGAAAUAAAAUAUGUAUAAAUGUCCUGGAGAGUUUUAAAAUGCACAUAAAUACGGGCAGCAGUUCUACGGGUUACUUGGUAUUUCAGUAUAUGCACGUUGGAAAAGGUUGUCUGGGCACCAACACAUUCACACUAACAAUUUGGCACUUAAGCAGAUUUUUGUACUGUGAUGGGGACAGAAUCAGGAAGAACAUACAAACUCCACACAUGAAGCUGGGGCAGCCGGUGAGGGAACAGUGCUAACCACUACACCACCAUGCUAAGAAUAUAUGAUUAAAAGUGUUCAUGUCCCCAACUGAUAUCAAAGAUCAAAAUCAGGGCCAACCCAGGUUUUUUUUAUUGGUAUUGACUAUCACAGCCACAUCUUCCCCACAUCUGCCCGGUUUACAUCAGCUGUUUGAUUAUAAAGUUCUGCCACAUCACUGUAAGCCUGUGACAUGUGGCUUGAAACUAAAUUACUGAAACAUCAGGUGUUUCGAAAAUCUCUAAAUUGUAAACUCAAAGCAGCGCAACAGCUACCUGCAAUGUUUUCAAUGCCAUCCUUUUGAGAAUGUCUAAGCAUCUGAACUGUAAACCACGAAGU